CUGAUCUUCCAGGACUUGGCCUGGGCUGGCUGGCUGACUGACUGCUGCUGAGGCUGUCCGCUCCGGGCUCUGGUUCCUCUGCGCUGCACAGACUGAACCUUCUCCCUCUACUGAUUCCCGUGUUUAACCUCCUUCUUGGUCACCGUGCUGGACGUGUCUCCCACGGAGGAUAUAUGUUCUGUAAAGGUGCGAAGCGAAAGUUGGAAGAGGAUGAAGAGGGCCUGGAAGGCAAAACGCUGGAGGCGUCGGUGGCGGGAGGGGGGAUAGGCUGUGCUCUGGAGGGUCUUUCUAAGGUGUCCUACACCCUGCAGAGACAGACCAUCUUCAACAUCUCCCUGAUGAAGCUCUACAGCCAGCGUCCCCUUGGUGAACCGAGCCUGGAGCGCCGUGUCCUCAUCAACAACAUGCUCCGACGCAUCCAAGACGAACUCAAGCAGGAGGGCUCCCUGCGGCCGCUGUUCCUCCCGCCUUCGCCACCGCCCGACGACCCCAUGGAUGAGGGAUUUCGCGAGGCACCGCCAUCUUUUGGCAUCCUGUCUGCAGCGGCGCAGGUUUCCCAGCCGUCUACACUGUUGAUGCAGGGGAUUCCUCCGCCGCCUUCGCCUCAUCCCAUGGUGCCUCCCAACUGCCAGGCGUCCCAGCGAGUGGAGGCCUGCCCCGCCCCUCUGGAGGCCUGCCUCACUCCAGCCUCUCUGCUGGAAGAGGAUGGUGGGGAUUCAGCUUUCUGUGCCCCAUCCCCACCCACUCCUCCUCUGUCUCCGCCCCUGUUGCCCCCAUCUUCAGCACUAAUGAGCCAGGUGUCCUCUAGUGUUCCUGUGCCUGACUUAUCAAAUGACAGUUUCUCGUCCACUCCUAGUUACAUGGAGCUGGGUCCUCCCACAGCCAUUACAAGGACGGCAGCAGCUAAUACUCUGACCAUAACUACCUCCCCCACCUCAACCACACAGUCCCCAUUCUCUGCCCCUACAGGCUCAACCAGAGACUGCAGGACAGUGGGUGCUAAACCAGAGGCAGCUGCUGUUUUCCUGGUGGAGAGCCGCUGUGCUGAACUCCGACAUACAGACGCUCUGCCCACACAUUCCCCUGGUAGCCUGGAAGACAUGUCCCCCUCGCCUUCUUCUCCUCCAUCUUCUUCUUCUUCCCCCUCGGGGUUUCUCUCGGACUUGGCGCUGGACGACGUCCUGUUCGCUGAUAUCGACACGUCUAUGUAUGACUUCGACCCCUGCACCACAGCAGGGGCUGUGGGCACCACGACGGGGGGCGGCGGCAGCAACGGCCUCGCCAAGCUUUCACCCAUGGUGAACACAGACGACCUCCUCAAAACGCUGGCGUCUCCAUACAGCGGCUCCGCCCCCCAGGUUUCAGCCAAUCAGCCUUUUAAAAUUGAUCUGACAGAACUAGACCACAUCAUGGAGGUGUUGGUGGGAUCGUGAUUUCAGCGACGCCCCUCUGCCACCUCUGAAACUUUUUAAAAUAUCUGGAGAACUGACUGGAUGGAAAAUUUGGGAUCUUUUUUUUCUUUUUCUUCUCUUUUUAUCUCUUUAAAAGACUUUCUUCUAUGGUCGGUAAUUGUAAACAUCGAAGGUGAUGUCAAUAAGUACUACUAUGACAACUACUACUUCUACACAACACUGUUCAUGCACUGUGCUCGCCUUUGUAGGUGUGGAAGUGAAGUAACGAGGAAACAAAGCAUACACAUAUUUUGUAUAUCUAUACUUGUGAGGAUCUUGAUCAAUUCCCUCAUUCCCUCCUUCUAAUCCUUUACCUAAAGCUAAGCCUUAACCUGAAGAGUAACUGUAAAUAUUUUUAUUUUAAAUCCAUGUGGGGAUAUGCACUCCUCACAGGUACAGAAAUACAAAACGAACAUUUACACACACACUGUAAUUAUGACUUUUAGCAGCUGAGUGCCUUUCAAAUGACCACUUUAGUUCCUCUUUUUACAGUAUUUUUUAUCCACUCUUCUCACUUUAACAGCCCACUGAGGUCACUCAAUGUUCGUAUUUAAUUUAUUAUAUUGUAUUAAAAAAACUUUUAAGGUAAUUAUACAUGAUCAAAUGAUGAUUAUUUAACCUUUAUCUUAUUACAGAUAAAAUGUUUUAAAUUGUGAAGCAUUUAAAAAGGAACACAUUGUUUAAUCAGUUAAUAUGGGGUACCAAAAGUGACACAAUGUAAUAAAUAAAUAGCCAAGUAAAUAGUUAUUUAAACUGAAAUCCAAAUUAAUUGAUAGAUAAUUAAUAGUUAACUUAAUUUUUUUCUAUGAAAUUGGGCAGUUAUUUAUUGAAUAUGGAAUUAAUUAUAUGGUUGCAGUCAUUCAUGAUUAUUUUUGUAUUAUGUAAGUCACUGUGCCUUGCUAGCUUGUGCAGCACAUGUAAUUCAGACCAAUAUGGACCAAAAAGUGCUGUUAGCCCCUCUUUUUUAUGGGUAAGGUUGAUGUGUAAUUGUUUUUGUAGUCGUUUGUUUAUUACAUUUUGGCACAUUUGGACCCCCAUAGUUUUACAUAUUAGCCUGGCUAUACAAUAAUGCUUUUAGGAGUAGCUCUAAAACACAUUACCAGGUUGUUUGAACUUCUUUUGCUGGAAGGGAGUGUCCGUUUGUGUACAUAUGUCUACAAUUCAAUGCAAGACUUUCCUUUUUUUUUUUUCGCCCCCUACCCAUGAACCUCUGCCUGUCUCUCCACCUUAUUGGCAGUCGCAUAUAACUGCUGGUUGUUGUUUUACAUGAGCUUGGUUAUAUCAGCCAGUUAUCACGAUCCAGUUGCAGAGGUAUUCAAAUGAACUGCACCCACUGGUAAGCGUGUUUACAUAAGAAGGAAACACAGCCUGCUCCACUGUCUCUGUUGGUCGUAGAUGAUCUGAAAACGACCCAAGAAAAUGGCUAAAUGCAAUGAAGUCAGAUGGAGUUAAUCCAUUUUCAGGGGCAGAAAACACAUUUUUGCAAUUUGGUAAAAUACUGAUCAAUGUAUAACACCGGGGCUUACAGUAUUACUCGCACUCCCCGGUUCGAUGGAGUAUGUUUACACUCAUUAGUUAUAGAGUAAUCCUGCUCCUUUAAUUUAUGCAUUGAUAAAUAUUGUUUUCUCGAAAACAUCCAAUAGCGAGAUGGAUAAAUCUGCCACAUCAAAAAAAAAAUCAAUUCAGAUUUCCCCUGAAGUGGGAAACCAAAACCACAGUGUUAACCCAAUGCUACAACCAUGCAGCAGACUGUGGUGCAUUAAACAACACAGAACCAUUUUUUCUGACCUUAAUCUCUAUCACUACAAACAGCACAUCACAUAACAAAAAUCAGUAUGUGAGCUUUUAUGUUGUAAUUCCAUGUUUUCUGCAACAUGUAAGAAGCAACAUUUCUGAAAACUUCUGGCACUUUUCCUUUACGUGGAACAGAAUGAUACAGUGCAACCUGGGGGGUUCUCCAGUUAGGGAAACCUUUACAAAAGCUUACGACACAUCCAAGAUCCGCCAAAAAAAAAAGCUCUGUGGCCCCUUUUCAGACCUGCCAUUUACAUCUAUUAUGGGCAUUUUCUCAAUUGUUGCAGGGCACGUUGGGCUUGAUUGGUGCCAGAGGCAGAUUAGAGAUUGGGCAUUUUGCAGAAACAGCAGUUGACCAGCUGUUGGUUUGCUUGUUUCCUCGCUGUGAGAUGUGAAGGAUGUCGUGUGAAGCAAGUUAACCACGAUUUAAUCAUUUGCAUUUUAAGGCUAAGUAUAAACAGUAAAAGUUGUAUUGAAUCUUCUGGGUCAGAUCAGGGUCAGGACCUGAAAUUACAGCUCUCUAUUGACGAUAUAUAAGGAAUGCAAUCUAAAAUUCCUGCUUCCCUGUCGCAAUUAAACUGUUUCCCAUCGAAUAAUUUUUAUUUGUAUUGGAAUAUCAUGUUUAUGUACAGAAUUCUGCAUUUUAUAAAUGUGCUGUCAGUCAAAUUUUAUGUAUGUAUUUAACCCCCCCAUAAGCUAAUAACCAGAAAUAACCAUUUAAAUAUCAACAGGCUUUUGCGCUAAAUUCUGUGCUAAUGAUAGCAUCCAGAAAAGAGAAGGUACUGAUGAAAAAAAAAUCCAUAGCUUUUGAGAACCCCCGGCCAUUAACUGCAGCCACCAACACCUCUGAGUAUGAAGGGUUACUAUACCAGCUUUGUAUUUAAACAAAGCGUAAGAAUAUGCAGACAUUUUAGUCCUAAUUACCUUAAACAGCUAAUCUGAGCUGUACCAUGUAAGGGAAUUGUGCCAAUCAGAGCGAUGUACACAGAACUUUGAAGAAGUUGAUUUAUUAACCAACAUUAAAAAAACAACAACUUUCCACUGGAUAUAUAAAACUAGUCAAAUGUGUAUCUCUUCAGUAAUGCAGGGCAGUGUGAAAUCUGGUCCCCUGGUAGAAUAUUUGCUAAAAGCAGAUUGUGAGUCAAGCACCAUUGAUACUGUUUGCAGACGACUGUGUCUUCUUUCUUUCAGUGUGUUUUAAUUUUUGGAGUGCUUUUUUUUUUAUUUCCAUUGAAAUUAUUUAUUCGUCUUGGGGUUGUUUUGUCUUUUCUGUGUAAAUAUAUUUAUUUUUGAUGUGAAGUGGACACAUGGAUUGUAAAUGUGUGUACAGAAUGUGUGCUAGGAAUGUACUUUAGAUAGGAAUGUAUCAGAGCGUGAAGAACUGGGUGGAAGCCAUUUUUAUAUACAUGGGUUCUAUUAUCUUGUUUAAUCUGUUGGUUUGUUGUGUUGUUCUGGAUUUGUUUUUUUCCUGGGGGGUGGCCACGACUUUUUAUAUAUUUUUUACUCCUUUUUUUUUUUGUUCAUAAUGUCCGGUUGAUGGCAAACAGUUCAUUAUAAUGUUCACGCAGCAAUAUAUAAGAAAACGGUCUCAAGCCUACAGAUGUCAAGACUCCAAAGCCUGUCAUGGAUGCUUUUAUGCCAAAAGUAAUGUACAUAGUAUGACCAACAUUCAGUCUCCCUAAGACUUUUCAAUCAGUGUUUGUCAACAAACCGGUUUUAAUGCAUCCGAGCGUGCGGUGGCACACAUGGACGGACCGCAGUCGAGGCCGAUUCCCUCAACAAAGGCUGUAUUUUACAGACCUCAGAGCUGUGCCUUUUUCUAUGCAACAAAACAAACAGAGAGAGAAGUUAUUCUCUGAUCACUUUAUCGUCGGGUCUGUAGAAAAUAAAAUGCUCAGCUUGAUAGCUGUUUAUGGACUGAAAACGGUCUUACUUUUGUAGUUUUAUAUAUAUAAAUAUAUAUAUAAAUAUACAAUAAAGUGUAAAAAGUA